AUGGCUGAGAGUGUAGAGUACAAAGCAGCAUGGAUGGAAAGGGUGAGCGGUAUGCUAGAUGAGUACGAUGAGGAAUACUCAGACAUAUGGGAGGGGGACCUUUCAAACGCUGAGCUUGAGGAGCUUGACACAAAGUAUCCCGGAUACCGAGAAAUGGAUGUAACAACAAUGGACUCUGAGUUAGAUGUGCUAUCAAGGAAGGUUCGCGAAACGGAGGAUAGUUAUGAGAAAGAUGAUAUUGAAAGGGAAAUGGAAUAUGUUAAGGAAUUAAGAAACAGAGCAUCCUGGAGGGAAAGGGAAAUGGAAUCAUACCUUAGCUCAACACAUAGAGUCCUGAAGGAAAAGGUAAAGAGGCAAAAGCAGGUGUAAGGAAAAGUGACUAUGGUGGGAAGCUGACAAAAGUGAAGGGUGUACUGGAGAAACUAGGUUUCGAUCCAAAUGAGCCUGAAGAGGAGCUACAGAAGGAGGAAGAGCUACGGCAGGAGGAAGCUAGGAAGAAGAAGGAAGAGGAGGACCGUAGGAAGGAAGAGGAGAAGAGACGUCUGGAGGAACAAAAGAAGCUUGAGGAGGAAAGGAAAAAGCAUAUGGCGGAGGUGGAAAGGAAACGUAUUGAGGAAAGCAUAAAGGCGGCAGCUGCAGGUGAGAAGGAGGAGAGGGAGUACUGGAAAAGGAAGCUUGAAGAGUGGGAUAAGGAAAGAGCGAAACCUAAGGAACCUGAGAAGGUGAAACCUAAGAAGCAGCCUGAGGAUACUAAAGAGCAGCCUAAGAAGCAGCCUAAGGAGCAGCCUGAGAAGGUGAAACCAAAGGAGAAGCCUGAGAAGGAGACAUCAGCUGAGGUGGACAGUGAAUGGGUAGAUGAAACCUACAAUUUUGAGAGCCUUCUGUUUCAGACUGUGGAAGAUACAAUCAGCGUAGAAGAUCAACCUGUUUACAGUGGAGAUACCAAGGAAAUCCUACUAAGAAAUGUGAGGGAAGAUCUUACGAGGUAUGAGAAGUUCAAAUCAUGGGUUGAAAGAAACUUUGCAGGUAUACUUGCCGGUAUUACAGUGUCAGUAGCUGCAUUGCUAACAACAAUUAUAAUUCUGUCUAGAAAACUAGCAUCGGUCACUGCAGAGGCUGCUAGUGGAUGCGGAGGACCUUCACCUUCUCCUUCCGAUGACCCAAAUCCGGGAGAAAAGGUAAUUAAAUUCUUAUCGUCAAAUCUAUGGGUUAUAGCUAUAGGUUUAGCAUUACUGUGCAUGAGAAGGUAA